AGCUUUGAAAACAAACACAAAGCGCGCGGGACUCUCCCUACCAUCGCCCCAGGGGUCGGCCAAACAGGCUUUGACACCAGAAGAAAAAACAUCGCCUUUCUCCGAGAACGUGUCGUUCGAGUUCAUGGCGCGAAGUGGACCAGUCCGUCCGCCUGGCUGGACCGCGGCCUCAUGGAUAAGCCUGGGGAGUUGCAAGAAAAGGGUGCCCAGCGGCGCUACCUGCCGCAGCUCUUCCCGCGUCUUAAAAAUAGCCCAGGCUCACCUUAGUGCCAGAUGGGGGGUGCAAUUAGCCAGAGACUGGGCCACACACCAAAGCUUGUAACCCCUUCCCUUUCCCGCCCUUCUCCUCUGGGCACGGCCAUCUGGGCGCGGGAACAAUCUGUAUAGUGGGGCGUGCCCGGAGCCAUGGACCCAAACUGCAAACCAGGCCUAUAAUGGCAACCACUAGUUCCAGCACCGAUGGCUGCCACGCCCCUGCUGCCGUCCCCGGGCCAGGCUGGUUUCAGCUGCCCCUCCACCUGACCGCCUCGGAGCCUAAAGCCUCGCCCCGCCCCCCGCCCGGACGCGGCUCGCUGUGUCCUACCCACGUUCACGCCGUGACUCGGGAAACUCUCGUGUCCCCACGGCGUGAGGCUCCCGGGCGAUCGGAGCGCUCUGUCCCCCGGGCUGCGCUUGCGUUUUGAGGAUCUCGGGUCCUGUCUGGACGGAGUGCCCCACAAUCCAGCCUUUGUGAGCUCCAGAUAGCGGGGCACACCGCCGAGCUCCCAAGAGAUGACUUUGUGGCUCCGGAGCUUAGUUAGCAACGAGCCCUGCGCUGUAGAUCUCCCUCGCGAGUAACCUCUGUAUAAAAGCGAGCCUUCAGGCUGUACGGGAAUUAAAACAAUGUUUUAAUUCUCUGUGUUUUGAAUCUAAUUCCCCUGUAAGGUAUUUACCACCCUGAGUUUACAGAGCACAAACCGAGUCAUCUGGACAUCCAAGCGGCAAGUUUCCCACUUACCAGAGUCUGCUGCAACUGAAGAACCAGGCAGAUUGCAGCCGACCACCAGCCCUCCCCCCCACCAUGAACACCGUAGUCUUUAACAAAUUCAACAGCCAAGUGCUUUUUGAGGAAAACGCCAAAGAAAGGGAAAGUAACAGCCGGCCUUACCUGGGGGUCAUUGACAGCCCACAGCACCCCGAAGUCCACAUCCCCGACAGCCCUUCAAUUAAAGACAACCUCAGUCUUCGGAACAGGCGGACAGGGGCCCGGCAGAGCGGCGGGAAGGUGCGGCACAAGCGGCAGGCGCUGCAGGACAUGGCCCGGCCGCUCAAGCAGUGGCUGUACAAGCACCGCGACAACCCCUACCCCACCAAGACCGAGAAGAUCCUGCUGGCCCUCGGCUCCCAGAUGACCCUGGUGCAGGUAUCAAACUGGUUUGCCAAUGCAAGACGUCGCCUAAAGAAUACAGUCCGGCAACCAGAUCUCAGCUGGGCUUUACGAAUAAAGUUGUACAACAAAUACGUUCAAGGAAAUGCUGAAAGACUUAGUGUAAGCAGUGAUGAUUCGUGUUCUGAAGAUGGGGAAAAUCCUCCAAGAAACCAUAUAAAUGAAGGGGGAUAUAACAAACCAGUUCACCACACUGUGAUUAAAACUGAAAAUUCGGUGAUAAAAACAGGAGUGAGACCAGAGACAAGUGCCAAUGAGGAUUAUGUUUCACCUCCCAAAUACAAAAGUAGCUUAUUGAAUCGUUAUCUAAAUGACUCAUUGAGACAUGUCAUGGCUACUAAUGCAGCCAUGAUGGAAAAAACGAGACAAAGGAAUCAUUCUGGUUCAUUUAGUUCCAAUGAAUUUGAGGAGGAAUUGGUGUCCCCAUCAUCAUCGGAGACUGAAGGCAAUUUUGUCUACCGGACAGAAACUUUGGAAAAUGGACCCAACAAGUGUGAAAGCGCAGCUAACAGAAAAGGAACAAGCAAAGACGAAACAUACUGGAAGGAGAUCAAUGCAGCGAUGGCCCUAACAAACCUUGCCCAAGGAAAGGAUAAACUGCAGGGAACUACCAGCUGCAUCAUUCAAAAGUCAUCACAUAUAUCAGAAAUAAAGACUGUUAAAGUGCCAUUAGUUCAGCAGUUUUGAGAAAUUGUUACAUUUUUUGGUCAAAUGGACAUUCCUCACAGCAUUGGUUUUCAGUAAAAUCCGAUCCACAGCUAUGAAGCAAAUAUUGAAAAUAGAUCCUUUUAACAUUAUGGUCAGUUAAAAAAUUAAAAUGCACUCUCAGACCCAGACUUUUUCAUUGUAUUAAAUAAAAUGUUCAAUUGCUUCUAUAAAAGGCAUGUAAAUUAUAAAAUAAAGUCCAUUUUUAUCAAAAUAUUAACUUAUUUUAUGUUAAUCAAAGAGCGCAUAAAAUGUCUGCAUUGCUAUAACAAUAAGUGCCUUGCUUUCAAAAAAUAAGCUAUAACGUGGGCAUAGUACAACACAGUUAUGCCUCAAAAUGACAAUGCCAUUAACCUUAAUCUUUGUAUAUUAUUUCAAGUGAGCCUGAGCAGUCUAGGGCUGAACACAUUAUUGCUGGAAGCCCUUGAGAGAAUUUUUGUGUAUUUGACUUAUUCAAAUUGAUGACUGGCGAAUCUUAAUGAAAAUGUUUUGUUUUUUUUUAAAUCCACAGUAUUAUUAAAAAUUGUAUAGUCUGUUUUGUCAAAGUGACAAUGAGGUUGUUGUGCAUGUUUCUUACCUGUAUCUGCAGUGUGUUAAAAUACCAAAAUAACUCCUUUGAAAAGUGCAAUACUGUAGAAAACAUACAGGUUUAGGAAUAUUUCAGUCAUUCAAAUUAAUCUGAAUGCACACGUACACACAGACAUUGUGAUCAUUAGAGAUUUAUAGUGGAGAAGGUUGCAGCAAGACCAUCUGUACAGUCAAUUUGGAUUUCAUCUUUCUAAAGCUUUGCUAUUGACUUAUUGAAGUAGUUAUAUACAUAAACAAAACCAAUCUCUUCUGGUACCAAACUAAACCUAUAGUACAGUUUGUUAUUUGUACUGGAGCUCAAUAACUUUCCACAAUGGAAACUCUUAUUACUUUAAUAUGUCCAAAUGCUUUUAUUUUGUACAUACUGUAUCAAAUAAGGACAGUUGAUUGACAAUUCACAUUUCAAUGGAAAAAAAGACAUAAUCAAAACUAUAUAUACUCCAAGUUAAAACGCAAAUUAAAAACAUCUGGGACAUGAAACACUGAAAAAUAUCAGCAUGUAUUUUAGGAGGGUUUAAAGUCAAUGCUAAAUCAUGCGUUAAAAAUAACAUUUUAAGUCUCUAAACUUGACUGCUAUUGAGUGAUAUAAUCAAUGUAAAAGCAGAAAUUUGUGUUUGGUGUACAAGGUUUUCUUGAAUCGUACAACAAUAUCCUAACCAGUGCUUGAAUAAACAAUGGUGAAGCCAAAUAUAAUUUGUACUGAAUCAGUUACAGAAAACUGGAAAAGAGCUGAUUGUUCCCAGGGUUUGGAUAUUUUUUCCUGUGGGUAACCUAUCAGUUGUUAUUACUCGCCCUUUGGUCCUGGAAUGUUGACAUUGACAGCAAAACUCCCAUAUACUUCAGUGGAAGCAGGAUUGGGCCAAUAAUGAAACUACCCUACAAGCAUAGUCUGUUCCAGUUGCACUAAAAUAGUCAAGAUAUAUAGCAAAUAUCCUUUUUGUGACUUCUAGGACACUUCCCGAUGUAACAUACUAUUAUGUUGGGUUUAUUUAGGGUACAGUGAAAAUGAUUGAUAUGGAAAUAUUUUGUACAUAUAUAUUUUUACUUUGUUUUCUAAAUUGCUGAUUUGCAUUGACAUAAAGUGCCAAGCAGGAAACAUAUGUCAUGACUGUAUGAACAGUUGAAGUAUACCUCUUAUUGACUUGCAUCAUUAUGUAUUUAGAAUUCCAUGACAAUAAUUUUUGGUACCUGACUUACUGGAUUUUUGUCAUAAUAAUGUGAGUUUGUAACUAAGAACAGAAAGUAAAUACUUCACUCUUGUUCAUACUAUUAUAAGUUAUUCUGGUAUUAAAUAUUUUGUGACAAUAAAUUGAUUGUCUUGUCAAACUGUUCUGUUAGAUAUAUUCUCAGUGUUUUUAUUUGACUAAAUGACAACAAUAUUUGUCAUAUUGUUAAAAAUGAAAAGUACUUUCAGUGACUUCUCUGGGAUAAACUGGAGAAGACAAGCCAUUUUAGAAACAUGUGUUUGUCUUUUUUUAAACGAUCAAAGCACAAAGAAUAGCCUGAAAAAAACAUAUCAAGUAGGUUUUACAAUUAACAAAUACUUGCAUCAUUUCUUGUUACAAUUUUCUUUAAUUUAUUUUUUUCUGUUGCUGCUUAAAUGUUUUCUAAAAACAUAAAUGCUAAUAGGUUGUAUGUGUGUGUGGGUUUUUUUAAAUAACAAGGAUCAUGAUCAGUGCUGAGCCAACAGCUAAUGGAGACUCAAUAAUUAUUUAUGAUGUAGGAAAAACAAACAUUAUUAGUAUUGCUCUUUUUUGUUUCAACAUAUGUAACCAUUUUAAUAAAAUAAAUAACUGCAAACCACA